AGAGGAAGAGAGGGAGGGAAGUCAGAGGUUCUCACGCUUUAUUUACGCGCUGCCUUCUUCCCCGCCUCCUUUGGAGUCGUGCUGGGCUGCUUCCUCCUCCUCCUCCUCCUCCUCUUCCUUGCUGGACUCUUCCCCCUUCCUAAGUCGUCGGAAAGAAGCGCUGCGGAGGCCAGAAAACGGGAAAAAGCCCUAGGCGUUUGCGUCGCCUUGCUUUGCCUUGCUUUGCAUUUCUUUUUUUAUUUUUUGUUUGCAAACGACCCGGGGCUUUGGCAGACACGCGUUGGCCGAGAACAUGGGAACGCCGGCAGACCCCCGAGACGGGCUCCCGCUUUGAUCAAAACCGAUUGCAAAGAGGGAGGGGACCCCCGUGCAGCAGACCCGGUUGGGGAAGCCGGUGGGCUGCUUCUCCCAUGGCUGGGUGUCUCGAAGAGGACGACGUCCCCCUGAUCCUGACCUUAGAGGACGGCAGGAGCCGGAGGGUUGAUCCGGAGGGAGUCCCCAACGAAAAUGGCGUCAAUUAUGACAACAUCCGCGAUAUGUCCAGCCCAGCGACGGGAGAGCGACGGUCUCCGUGGGAUCGUGGAAGACGGACUUGGGAAAUGAAUUACCAGGAAGCUGCAAUUUAUCUACAGGAAGGCGAGAACAAUGAUAAAUUCGUCACCCAUCCCAAGGACCCCAAAGCUCUGGCUUCCUACCUCUUCGUCCACAACCACCUCUUCUAUUUGAUGGAACUAACCACCGCUCUCUUGCUGUUGUUGCUGUCGCUCUGCGAAGCCCCCGCGGUUGCCAUAUUUCGCCUGGGCAUUUACGUCCAUGCCACCUUGGAGCUGUUUGCCUUGACCAUUGUGUUGUUUGAGCUCUCCAUGAAAUUAAGAUGGCUGGGCUGCCAUACCUACAUCCGGCACAAAAGAACCAUGGUCAAGACCUGCGUCCUCUUCCUGCAGUUUGUAGAAGCGGCCGUGGUGUUGGUGCGUCAGACAUCCCACCUCCGCAUCACGCGAGCCUUGCGGUGCAUCUUCCUGGUGGAUUGUCGUUAUUGUGGAGCUGUGAGAAGAAACCUGCGUCAGAUUUUCCAGUCUUUGCCUCCCUUCAUUGACAUUCUUCUCCUUUUGCUUUUCUUCAUGGUCAUCUUUGCGAUUCUGGGAUUUUAUCUCUUCUCGCCAAACAAAUCGGACCCUUAUUUCAACACUCUGGAGAGCAGCCUGAUGAAUCUUUUCGUUCUUCUCACUACGGCCAAUUUUCCCGAUGUGAUGAUGCCUUCUUAUUCCCGAAACCCGUGGUCCUGUGUCUUUUUCAUUGUGUAUCUUUCAAUCGAGUUGUAUUUCAUUAUGAAUUUGCUCCUGGCUGUCGUUUUUGACACCUUCAAUGACAUUGAAAAAAUGAAGUUCCGGUCACUCUUGCUUCACAAGCGCACGGCUGUCCAGCACGCCUACCACCUGCUGGUUAGCAAACAGAGUCCCUCUGGGGUUGCUUUCAAGCAAUUUGACGGCCUGAUGCACUUCUACGCGCCCCGGAUGAGCGUUCGAGACCGUUAUCUGACUUUCAAAGCACUGAGUCAAAGCAACGGCCCUUUGGUCAGUUUGAAGGAUAUGUACAGUUUCUACGAAGUGGCUGGUUUGAAAUGGAAGGCCAAAAGGAACCGAGAACAUUGGUUUGACGAUCUUCCAGGGACGGCUUUCCUCAUUUUUAAAGGCAUUAACAUAUUAGUGAAUUCUCGGGCUUUCCAGUAUGGCAUGUAUAUUUUGGUGGCCGUGAAUGGACUCUGGAUUCUAGUGGAAACCUUCAUGUUGCGAGACGGAAUCUUUUCUCGAGACGUCCCCUGGAGUUACAUCAUGUUCCUCACAAUCUAUGGGGUCGAGGUGCUGUUGAAGGUUACUGGCCUGGGGCCGAAAGAGUAUCUCUCGUCUGGCUGGAAUCUUUUUGAUUUUGCCGUCACUUUGUUCGCGUUUUUGGGUCUCCUGACACUGGCGUUCGACAUGGAACCCUUCUACUUCAUUGUUGUGCUGCGGCCUCUGCAGUUACUCAGGCUGUUUAAAUUGAAGAAACGCUACCGGAAUGUCUUGGAUACGAUGUUUGAACUCCUUCCAAGGAUGGCCAGCCUAGGCCUAACUUUACUCAUCUUCUACUACUGCUUUGCCAUAAUUGGCAUGGAAUUCUUCUCGGGCAAACUCUAUCCAAACUGUUGUAACACCAGCACGGUGGCCGAUGCCUUUCGUUGGGUCAACCGCACCAUUGGGAACAAGACUGUGGUGGACCAAGGCUACUAUUAUCUCAACAACUUCGACAACAUUUUGAACAGUUUCGUGACCCUCUUUGAGUUAACGGUAGUCAACGAUUGGUACAUCAUCAUGGAAGGGGUGACCUCAGAAACGUCUCACUGGAGUCGUCUUUAUUUCAUGAUUUUCUACAUCGUGACCAUGGUGGUGAUGACAAUUAUAGUUGCUUUUAUACUGGAAGCGUUUGUGUUCCGCAUGAAUUAUGCCCGCAAGAAUCAGGAUUCAGAAGCAGAAGACAGCGGGAUUGUCUUUGAGCGGGAGGUCUCCAAGGAAGAAAUCAGGGGCCUCGCCGAGACCUACGGGAGGCAAGGUGACAACUUGGCAGCUAGUCAACUCCUCAAGGUCGUUUCCCAGAUGGACCGGCACCGGCAAGCCGCCAUGCUGUUCCUGGGCCGCCGAUCGAGGACCAAAAGUGAUUUAAGUAUGAAAAUGUACGAAGAGGAGAUACAGGAGUGGUACGAAGAACAUUCCAGAAGAGAGGAACGAGAGCUUCCUUGGCACGAAGACGAGGAGCUGCUCCACCAGGCCUUCCACCCUCCCGCCCUCCGCCAGCGCUCGCAAACAAUCAUCUAAACUUUGGCUUAUCAAGAAAGCCAGUUCUCCUAUGCAUUCAACCUGGGCUUGGCGGCACGGCGCUCUCUACGGCUUCCCCUCAACCAGAUUUUUCCUUUAACGGUCCUGAGAUCUUUGAGAUCUCCAGCCAGGAGGCUGAAAUCUCACGCAAGAGAAGAUGGCUAUUUUUAUUAUUACUAUUUUUUAAAAAUAUAUAUAUAUAUUGGUCGUUUCCUUUUGAUUUUGGGCAUCGAGCGUCGGGUGUAUCUGGAAGGACUGUUAAACUUUGCAGUUAUGGCAAUGGGAGAUUCGUGCAAAUUUUUUCCUGGCCCUUUUUUUUGUUUGUUUUUUGGUAGAUAACCUGUCCAUUUUGUCCUUGUGGCUGCUGUGGCAAAAGGCUGGGAUGGGAGUUGGCACAGACGGCUGAAAACCGGCCCCGUUUGCCAAUGAUGGCCAAGCAGGCGAAAAUACAAGACGCCCAUCCCGGCAUGGUCGUCAUACCACCUUCCACCAGCAGUCGAGAUUGGCUAGAAAUGGCAAAAAGGCAGGUGAGGUCGCCAAGCAUCCACUAACUACAUGGCUCGCUCUCUUGUCUCCAUGGUGCACAAACUGCAGUGAAGUAAAGCAACUUUGACACCACUCCUUUAUUUUUCCCCACCCUUCGUUGUUCAGCUUCUGUAAGGACUGCUAGUACGCCAAUGAUCCACUUGGCAGGUUUUACCCAAAUGUAGGAAGGUGCCCAGGCAGGCAGAACCCAGGACCAACCGAACAGAAAUGAGUUUUUGGUUCAGGGAGAACCACCUGGACAGGUUUAAGACUCCAUCCUGCUCACAAACGUCAUCCCGGCAUUGCGAAUGUUCGCAGCGGCAUCUACCUGAAGCUAUGAACAGCGACGGGCCAGUAGGUGUUGAAUUAAAUCCUGAACCAAUCCUGCCAGUUGUCAUUAACUCCUAAAACGCUGCCAACAGGCAUUGCAUUAAGGCCUGAAGCCCCCAUGCCACGAGGCAUGAUAGAAAAGCAAUAAUUCUUUUCACGGAAAAGACAAAAGUGAUCACGGGAUCAGAGUGUCUUAUCAGGUUUGAUUGUGGGUUCGCUUCUGUAGAAAUUCCUUCGUCGGUUAGCGAGCUUGGGAUCUCUUCGGAAGCUGUCCCGCGAGAGAAACCAACAAGCAGAUUGUGUCUUUUGUCGUGCCUUCCUUGCUUUGACAACACACAAUAGGCAAAGAAGCAUUAAGGUUUGUCUCCCUAUGUUAAUCUCGAUUGCUAAUUAGCAAACGCUAAACGGAAUUUGCUUCCUCCUCCACCCCCCCCCGCCAAUUUAUAAGCAAAAAAGACAGGGGGGUCUCCCUCUCCUCCUCCCCCCCUUUUUUUUUGUUCUUGUCCCUUUUGUAAUUUUAGGAUGGCAAACCUUGAAUAAUUAGGAAUUUGUUUUCUCACGUCGGCUCACUCUCUGGCACAGUUCUUCAUUUUAAAAAACAACAGGCUUAUUUCCACGCUAAAUAAAUCGAUGGAGAAAGGUUGGCUUUGAGCGAACUAAAUUAUUUUCCAGUUGUUGGAGGUGAGUUUAUUUUGCUCCGAAGAUGGGUUUGAGGUAAACAGUCACAUAAAUGACAUGCUCUUUUUCUAAACAGCUCAGUUCUGUGAUGGCAUCUUCCAAUGCCCUUUAAAUCUUCAAAAAAAACAACAACACCCUGAGCUACGUUAAUGGCUGUGGAAGAUUGCCGUUGUAGUCUUAACACUAUCAGAAGACACCCGGUGGAGAAAAUAAGAGCUCCUGCACCCAUGAUCCCUGUUUUCUUCCUAAAAAGAAUGCAAAUGUUUUAUAAGGUAGUAGAUAUUCACAGUUCAGGUGACUUCCGUCUGUGGACUUCAACUCCCAGAAUUCCUGGGCUGUGGGGCGACUCUGGGAGUUGAAGUCCACCCCAUCUGGAGUUCCUCCAGGUUGAAAAAGGAACGCUUAACGACCUUUAAGGAGAGAAAAGGGGCAUCUUUAAAAAACUACUUUUGGUUCAAGAGGGCAUUAUGCUGUCAGUUCGGGGAAGGCAUUCCUUCUUGCUGUAUCAAUCAAGUUUGUUAAUUCUUUUUUAAAAAGGGCUAGGUUGAAGCAAAAAACAAACCCACCCCACAGAUAGACAACAUUCCUUAGGGGAUUUG